ACAACGCCGCAGGGGCCGAGCAGAGAGGGGAUGCUGAAGGGCCUAAUCUUAUCAGAGAGGCUUUUCACUUUCAGAGUCAGACGCUGAUUGUGAGCUCAGGUAGGUGGAUGAGAAACUGAUGGCAGAGUGAUCACUGGCAGAGACUUCACCGGCAACAGAUUAUUGUUGGAUUACCCGAAGAUGACCACCAAUCCCUAUCUCAACGCAGCUCCGUCUUUCAUCUAUGAGGACAAAAGAAAUCUCUCACCACCGGACGGCUCAGAUGUUAAACCCCAGUACGUUCACCACGUGUCCCCAAACCCCCCACCAGAGAUCAGCCACUCCACCCCCACAAAAAAAGAUCCCAGAGAGAGAUGCGUGAAGUUCGCUGUGGCCGCUGUGAUCUCCCUGCUGCUCCUCCUGCUGGUGGCUGGAAUCCUGCUGGGAUAUUACUAUUCCUCCUCCUGUCUGCACGGGAGGCAGUGUGGGGAUGGGAACUGUGUGUGGGAAUCCCAGUGGUGUGACGCGGUGAAGGACUGUCCUGCUGGCCAGGACGAAGCCAACUGUGUGAGGGUGCGCGGCUCAAGCUUCCUGCUGGAGGUUUACUGGACUGAGGCUAAAGAGUGGAGGCCGGUCUGUGCCGAGGGCUGGAGCGAGCCACGGGGUGAAGCAAGCUGCCGGGACAUCGGCUACAGCAGGGGCACUUAUUUCAAGUCAGGACAGCAAAGCAGCGACUCUAAUGGAGGCUUUUUGUCGGUGAAGCCGGGCUCCGACCCGCAGACGUCCAUUCUGCGGCAGCUCGUCCCGAGCACUUCGUGCCACGCCAGCAGCGCGGUGACGCUCCGGUGUACAGACUGCGGGAACAGGGACGACUCCAGCGAGGCCCCUGGAGCCCGCCUGGCCUCUGUGGGCUCCUGGCCCUGGCAGGUCAGCCUGCACGUGUCCGGCUCUCACCGCUGUGGAGGAGCGAUCGUCUCCCCACGCUGGGUCGUCACCGCGGCACACUGCGUGGGCAGCGGCCCCGGUCCGGAAGACUGGGCAGUGUAUGCCGGGGUGGUGGACCCGUUGGGCCCUCUGUUUAAUCCGGCCCACGCUGUGAGUCGAAUCAUAGCACACCAGGACUAUAGCAGCCAGACCCGGCAGAACGAUGUGGCUCUGAUGAAGCUGUCUGAGCCCGUGGACACCACAGCUUCCGGUAAGGUCCGGGCCGUGUGCCUCCCUAAUCCCGGUCUGAACAUCUCUGAUGCUGAGAACAGCUGGGUGACGUUCUUCGGCCGCGCAGGAAACGCAGACUCCGGCUCUCUGUACCUGAUGGAGGCCCCGGUGUCCCUCGUCCACCCGGCGGAGUGCAACGGCUCCGAGGCGUACAGCGGCAGGAUACCCGAGGAUCUGCUCUGCGCCGCGCAGGUCGACGCAGGCGCCAGCGUGUGCCACCCCGACAGUGGCGGUCCUCUGGUGGCGCAGGCCGAGGGGCUGUGGUGGCUGGUUGGGGACGGCGUUUGGGGGGAACACUGCAAUGGACACAACAAACCAGGCGUCUAUACCAACAUAGCGCACCACCUGAACUGGAUCUACCAUCAGAUGCAGAAGCAUCAAGACGCCUGACAACGAGACCAAAGACGAUGAUCAGCCUGACGAGUUAUUUGUGUUAAAUGUUUUCCUGUAAUCUUAUGUACAGCUGAUUGGUUUAGUUUGAUUUCCUUGCAUAAAAUAAUAAUAAUAAUAAUAAAAUAUAUAUUGCCACAGCAUCUAUGAACAGAUCAACUACAAAAUUGUUACCCUUCUGGACACCCUCCUUAUCCCAUCUCUAGGAAGUCCAACGGUCUGCGAGUCGAAGCUCUUUUACUGCCGUAAGGAUUUUUCACAGGGGAAGAUGAAGAAAAUAGAGAAUUUAGUUUUUAUAUGCCGUACAAAAUGAUGAUGCUAUGUAUCGUCUAAACGUAUUAAGCUGUUGUCUCAGUGUUUAUCUUGACACGUUCUCUGCUGUGAAAAAGUUUGUGCCCCCCCCCUUACAGAUUUCACGUUUUUUUUUGUCCCACUUGAACAGUGCAGAUCAAACUAAUCUUA